AUGACACUUGAGAACUUCACUCUAUUUACUGACUUUGUCUUCUUAGGACUUUCUGGCAGGCAGGGUGUACAACAGGGGCUCUUUGUGUUCUUCUUCCUCAUUUAUGGUCUAACUCUCAUUGCUAAUCUAGAGAUGGUCUUGCUGAUCCAGCAGGACCCCAAGCUGCACACACCUAUGUACUAUUUCCUGAGUAAUCUGUCCAUCUGUGACAUCUGCUACUCUUCCAAGGUCUCUCCCAAGCUUCUGGCUGAUUUCUUGUCUGAACAGAAGAGGAUUGCUUAUAAUUUAUGUGCUGUACAAAUGUAUUUUUGGGGGGUCUUUGCAGAUGUAGAAUGUCUCAUGCUGGCUAUCAUGGCCUAUGACCGUUAUGUUGCCAUCUGCAAUCCACUACUCUAUACAAUUGCAAUGUCCAAGGAGGUCCGUAUGCAGCAUGUGGCUGUUGCCUAUGUGGUAGGCUUGGUGGAUUCAGCAAUCCACACAUGCUGCACAUUCCGACUGUCUUUCUGCAAUUCAAAUGUCAUCAAACACCUUUUCUGUGACAUUCCACCCUUGCUGGCCCUCUCCUGCUCAGACACAUUCAUCAGUGAAAUAGUGAUGUUCACGUUCAUUGGCUGUGUGGUAGGGUGCAGCAUUGUCACCGUACUUCUCUCCUAUUGCUACAUCAUAGUUACCAUCUGCAGAAUGAAAUCUACUGAGGGCAGAUGCAAAGCAUUUUCCACAUGUGUCUCCCACCUCAUGGCUGUGGCCAUCUUUCAUAGAACACCACUUUUCAUGUAUUUCAGACCCAGCUCAAGUUACUCCAUGGACAAAAUAGCGUCCUUUUUCUAUACAGUUGUGAUUCCUAUGUUAAACCCACUCAUCUACAGUUUAAGAAAUAAGGAUGUGAUGGGGACUCUGAAGAAGGCAAUCAGUAUUAGCAAGUGGCUUGGAUGA